AUGGAAUCCUGGUUAAAUGCAAGCGACAGUGAAAUCGAGGAUGUCAACACAGCUCGAGAUUUGGUUACAUUUGAAAACAUCCAGAAAUAUUACAGUCCCCAUUCCGAUAUUGUUGCUGCCUACACCAUCGGGGAUAGUUAUACCACCCAUAAACGAGACUGGAUCGGAUUAUUUCAAUCCGGUUGGGAAGAUUUCAAUAAAUAUGUGGAUUUCCAGUGGGCAAAACUUAAGCCUUUCUCUCAAUUACUACCAAUGAGACGAAGAGUCAUUUUCGAGGCUCCACAUUCUAAGAUCGAAAAUCUUCUGAACACAUUCCAGUUUCUGUAUAUAUCAUCUGGUAAUCAGGUCGUAGGAGUCAGCGACCUCUUUCACAUCCUCGAUUUACCUCAAGAAUCAGAUCUGAACUUUGACCUUCUUGAAAAUGCCCUAAUGGACGAUGAGGAAGUGGUUAUUGUACCCGAACCAUUCAGUGGUUCAACAGAUUCUCCUUCAAAAACCCAUAUUGAUUCGUCUUUUUACCUACCGGAAGUGGCUAACACCCUUGAUUUAGAUGAACACAACACAGUCUUAACACUGUAUUCACCAUCAGAUAGAGUCAAUAAAACAUUAGCCAAGACAGAGAUGCCUUUCGCUAACGUUCAAAACCAGAAAAUCGUGCAAUUUUUCAACCCAGAAGACUCAAAGGAUCAACAUCAACCAAGUUGGCUACAGAAAAUUUUCACCAGCGCUCAUCCACUUGUAGAAAUGUUCAGAAAGGAUGAAGAAACUGAAUCAGAUUCAAACGAGAAGAUAAAACAGAAGCUAAAGGUUACAUUCCAAGAUACAACAAGUUUAAUCCAACAGGAGUGUGAAGAUCAUAGCUGGGUCGAUGAUCUUCAAAUCGUAGAGAAAGAAAACGUCGUAGAAGAUUUUUACGAUUUCGACCAUCCAUUUAGUCAAUUUGCUUCCGUUUUCAUGAAUAAAUCUGUUGAAGAGCCGAAAGAUUUCAUUGCAUCCUCAGUUGUAGAAGAGUUUAAAACCCGACUUUCUGGAAGUUAUGAACACCUAGAGAGUGUCUGUAGUAAUGAAGAUUGGCAGGAUAGUGCUGAUGCCUGGUCAAAUGAAUAUGUCGAAGUUUUCAAACAAGUGAAGGAAUCGAACCCACCAUCAUCGUACGAUUUUUCAGAUGAUUUAGACUUAGAUCUUUUAUUCCAUGAAAAGGCAGCUGGCAAGAAGAAUCGAAAGGGUGAAGAAAGCAGACGUCCAAAACGAAAGAAUAAGAAAAGCAGGAAGAACUCAAGAACUAUCCAGCAAUCAGAGAAGCAAACGCAUUCUUCACACGGCAUCGAUACCACUUUAUCGGAACCAAAUUCUCAAGUAACAGUAACGGUCAAAUCUACCAAACCUAGCUUAAGAAAGAGGCAAAGGAAAUCCAAAACCGAGAUCGUUGAAGUUCCAAACAAGAAGGCAGACUUUUCAGAGACUAGCCUGGCCUUGGUUCCAUACAAACAACCCAAACCAAUUAUAGUGUCUCAACCAUUUCUCUCGUCGCCUAUUUUCUUCCCAUCAGUUCCAGGAUUUAGUCAUGUUCUUGAUAUUGUACCAUUUUCACCCAAGAUGCUCCUGUCAAUCCCAUACCAGCAGCGGGAAACUGAACCAAUUGCAACUCAGAGGAGAACAUGCCGAGUCAAAUUCCCAUAUUAUACCAAGAAACAACAUCAGAGUCUUGUCCGAUCAUCUCGUCAGAAUUCAGGCUGUAUCAGUUGUAAAUCCAAUAGAAAAAUGGUUACAACCUUUAAAGAAAGAUGUUCAACAGCUGAAAAACAACUUGGGGUGUUUCAAAAAGAACGAGCUGAUUUCCAAAACCAGAUCAACUUAAUAAGGGAGGAAUUAAGAAAUAUAAAAUCCCAGAAAAAAACAGAAACCGCUUCAGUAGCAACAUUAACUGAUAGAGUUGAAGAUUUGGCAAUUAUUGUCCCUGAGGCUGAUGAUAUCAUUAAGAAUUUGAAUGAAAACAAUGAAUUGUUAGAGAUGGCUUUCCAGUCUUCUUUAGUUGAUAAUGCCCAGCUUAGACACGAAAUGAACUCCAUGCAAGAAUCAUUGAGAACCUUGAAUAAACAGUUCCGAGAAACAGCCAGUGAACUUCGUACAACCAUAACAGAAAUUGAGAAAAAACAGUCAGCAUUAGAAAGUAGUCCUAGAUGUAAAUGUGAAAGCAGCAGUUUGGAGACAAUUGAAAAAUUGAAAGUAAUCAUUGAAAGACGAGAGCAAUGGAUUGUAUCUCUACUGUUACGAGUGGAUACGCAGAGUCAUGAAGUAGAAAACAAGAACAAAGACCUUGCAGCAUUGAGAGAGCUUCUUGAGAAUGAACGUCAGAGGGCCAACAAAGCUGAAGACGAACGAGAGGAAUUAAAAGUCAAGAUGGCGUCAAUGGUUGCUAAGCAGUCUACAUCUAGAGUUGAAGAUCAACCAACAUGGUCAGGAGUGGUUGCUAAACCGGAAACGAUCAAGAAAGCACGUGUACAGUUCACAUUGUGUGAUGAGACAAUCAACCAACCAACACACAGUAGAAUAAUAUCCAGCCAACCAAAACCAUCCAUUGAAACCAGCCUAUCAAAAUCUUUAGAAAAGUGCAAAUCCAAAGCUGAAUUGUGGAAAAGAUAUAACGCUGAAUUGAAGAAGCAAAUCGAUGAAGGUUUAUGUCGAUUUUGUGGCAUGUCUUUUUCUCCACUUGUUGAUAAAAGAAUCAUUGAAGAACACAUUUCUUACCAUAAACAAUUCAACCACACUUUUUAAAAAAUAGCUUUCUCAUUUAACCAUGGAUUCCUAAACAAACUCAAAAUGAUAAAAUUAAGUACUUGAAUAAUUUCAUACUCAAAUAUUAUGCAACAAAUGAUUUAUUAAAAAAAAAUUGGAAAUGAUUAUGCAAAAAUUGUUUUUAAUAUCAUUUGGGCUUUACUAUUUAAAAACCUUUAUUGAAAGAUUUUCAAUUGAAAUAUUAGCUUGUCAUUUAACCACGGAUUCCAAUAUACAAAAAGAAAUCCAAUAUUUAGUAAUUUUUGUACUCAAAAGUUGUGCAAAAAAUGACCAAUUAAAAAUAGGAGAUGAUUGUACAAAAAUGAUGAAAACAAAUUAUUUUUCAUAUUUUAGGUUUUUUCUAAAAUAUACUCAAACGACAUAUUAGAAACAAUUUAUUUAUUUAUUGUGUUUUAUUAAUCUAAAAUUUAACAUAAAUUAAGAGAAAAUAUCUCACGCAUGAUUAUAAAUAACAGAAAAAUAGUUUUAUAAAAGUCUUCCAUAAAAAUUCAUUUCGUCGUUCAUUCAUCAUCAUUCACUCACGUAUUCAUAUUCGCCUUGUCUAUAAUAUAGUAUAAUAAUCAAACAUUUUAAAUUGAAUUAGAUUGAGUAUUAUACCAUACCAGUUAAAAUUAUGAUAAAACUUGAUUGGAAAUGAAACAAAAAUAUUAAAGAUUCUUUCCAUAAACGUAAAAAUAUUAGACUUU